AUGGAUUGCGUCAACUUAGAAUCAAUUGAAUUCAGUCCAGAUUUGAUGCAUUUAGCUAACAGUGUUUUUGAGAAUUGUUUGAAAUUAACUUUGGCAUUUAUACCAGAAAAAGUAUCAGGCAUUGGUACAAGAGUGUUUUACAACUGCCAGAGUAUAACAACAAUGUUCUAUCCAUUAAACAAAGUAGAAACCGAACAAUUUUACAAUUGUAAAUCUCUCAAAAAAUUGAUUUUGAAAGAACAAUUACUUCAAAUCAGAGAUUACGGUUUUUACGGCUGUGAAAGUUUAGAAAACAUUGACAUUGAUUAUCAUUUAUCUACAUUAGGAAAGCAUGCGUUUGAAGGCUGUAAAUCAUUGACAUCUGUUAAUUUGUCCGGAUAUAUUACAUAUCUUAAUGAAUACACAUUUAAAGACUGCUAUAGUUUAGAAGUUGUUAAUAUUACUGAAGAUGGAUUAUCAGGAAUAUAUGAUGGAGCAUUCCAGAACUGUUACAAACUUGUAAGUAUUAAUCUUCCAACAGAAUUAGGAAGAUUAGGAGAUGCAAUUUUUGUAAAUUGCACAUCACUUAAAAGUUUGAUUCUUCCUGAUGGAUUCGUUCAAAUUCCUGAGAGAAUGUUUGAAGGAUGUUCCAGUUUCUGCGAAUUCAACUGGACAAGGCCAUUUGAUCAAAUUUCUUCUCGCGCUUUUGCAGGAACAAACUUUUCAUCAAUUGUUUUCGAGAAUUCAUUGAAAGGAUUGUAUGAAGAUGCUUUUGAUGACUGCAACAACCUCAAAUCAGUAACAUUUCCAUUCCAAGACAUGGAAUACACAAGAUCUCCAUUUUCUAAAUGCAAGAAUUUAGAAAAAAUUGUUUUGGUUGAUACAAUUCAUUUCAUAACAACAAUUCAAAACAAUUUAUUCGGAAACUGUCAAAAUGUCAAGGAAAUUAUUGUUGAUUCUGUUUAUUUGGAUGUAAUUGAACCAUUGGCUUUCGUUAAUUGUUUCAAUCUUGAAUCAGUUUCUUUGACAAGUAAAGCUAAAAAUUUGACAGUUCCAAGCGGUUUAUUCAAUACUUCACUUCAUCUUUCUAACCUUAAAAUCAACUGUUCUCUUUUGGUUUUAACGGAUGAAACAUUUAAGAAUUCACAAAGUUUAAGUUCUGUCACUUUUUCAGUUGAAGAAAUUAGUUUUGGAAAGAGUUUAUUCGAAAAUUGCAGCUCGUUGAAGAGUUUCGAAUUCAAUUUCAAGACAGCUGAUCUUCCUUCAAAGUUGUUUAACGGUUGUUCAUCGUUAAGUGAAGUGAAGUUAAAUGGUGAAAUCAAAGAAAUUGGUGAUCAUUGUUUCCACAGUUGUGUUUCACUUGAAACAAUUAAAUUAACAGGAAAACAGCUCAAAAUCGGUCCACACUCAUUUUGUUCAUGCUACAAAUUAAAUAAUGUUAACAUUAAUUGUGAUUCUGUCACUUUUGACAAUUAUUGUUUCAAUCAAUGUCAAAAAUUGUCAAAUUUUGAUUUGAAUACACAAAAUAUUUUGUCAAUUGGCCAAUGCUCAUUCUUUAACACACCAUUUGACAGUUUACAUGUCAAAGGUGAUUUGACAAAAAUUGGAGAGAUGUCAUUUAAAUCAUCUCACAUCAAGAACAUCGAAAUCGAAACAAAUAAUGAUAUAAUUAUUGGCGCUCAUUCAUUCUGCGAAUGUUUAGAUUUAGUUUCUGUCAAAAUCACUUCUAAAUCAAUUAUUUUUGAUGAUUAUUGCUUCAAUCAAUGUCAAAAAUUGUCAAAGUUAGAUUUGACAGAAAGUAAAGUUACUUCAAUUGGAAAUUACUCCUUCUACAAUACAUCAUCAUUAAACAUCGAUUUGAAUUUGAAAGGAGAUAUUAAAUUCAUUGGAGAAUGCUCAUUUAAGUCUUCGAUGAUUUCCAAAUUGAUUUUAGAUACAACACAAGAUUUAGUUGUCUCUAACCAUUCAUUCUGUUCUUGCAUGAACUUAAAUGAAUUUACAACAAAAGGAAAUGUAAUUUUGAAUUCAUUUGCAUUCCAUAACUGUCAGAAAUUGUCACUUUUCAAUUGUCUCUCUGUUUUAUCUCUUUCUACAGCAUCAUUUGCAAACUGCUCGAUGCUUUCCAAGGUUGUUAUAAAGACAAACAUCAUUCCUGACCAUGCUUUCGAAGGCUGUGAAAAAUUGUCAGAUUUUACUUUCGCAGAAAACGUGACAAAGUUCGGUGAUUAUUCAUUUUAUAAGUCAGGAAUUGAGAAAGUGAAUGUAUAUAGUUCUAUUACAAUGUUUGGAAAUUAUGUUUUCUCUAAUUGUGCUAAACUUUCCAGUGUCAAGAUUCUUUCAAAUCAUUCUGACUUUGGAAACUCUGUUUUCGAAAAUUCUCAAGAAUUGAAUGAAUUCUAUUACUGCGGAAAUCAAACAUCUGUUCCAUCUAAUGUUCUCAGUGGAUGCUCUAAAGUAACAGCUGUUUAUACAUCUAGUAGUUUCAAGGAUGAAAAGUUUGCAGGAAUUGAUACAAAACACUCUGAUGUUUGCGGAAAUGAUUCAGACAACCAGAAAUCAAAGACAGUUAAAAUUGUUGUAAUUUCAUCAAUAGCUUCAUUGAUUGUAGUGAUCAUCAUUGCUAUUGCAAUUGUUUUUGCUUGCAAGAGAAGGAAACCAUCUUCUGUUGCUCCUUCAACAAUUCCACUCCUCACAAACGAGUAG